AUGGAUGACUUUCGUUGUCGCCGUCGCCUUUCUUCCAGUCAUCUCCUGUGUAAUCCUAACGGGCUUCUCCGUCACUGUACCUACUCCACACCACCGGACGAAGCUCUGGUGAAGAUCUACGACCUCUGCGAUGGACGCCAGAACUGUUCCUUCCGCGUUCAAGCACUCACAGAUCCGACGUGUGACGGGCAGGCCUACUGGCUCAAUGGAAACUCUCUUGUCCUGCGCCUGGAGCAUCAGUGUGUGACAGGUAUUGCCACCGUAGCUCUGCCAAGACGAAGAAGCGGCAACUUCUGGAAGCCACUGGGGUGGAUAGUUUUGUCCGUCGUCUUCGCUGUGGUUGUGUUGUCAGCUGUGGUUUGCUUCGAUCGAAACCACUGGUGCAGGGAUAAUCGACGAAGACUCAACCGUACACACUGGCACUCCAUCCCCCUUCUCAGCGCAGACGUUGACUACGUUUGA